UCGGAGGAGCAUGGCAGGGAGUGGGAGCACCAGGCACCAUUUGCUCCAGUGGACAGUCAGCCUGGUUCUGAUUACUUGGGCAGGUUUUUUCCUCCCAGUUAAAGCUCAGGACUCCAAUCUCACGUGUUCAGAUUUCCAGACAUCUGGGAUAUUCCAGGACAAUGAACUCCAAGUCCAGUUUCUGCUAUUCACCUUCCAAAACCAAAACUGUGGGCACUUUAUUAACUUGAGUAAGCCCGAGAGUAUCAAGGACUCACCCUUCAACUCCAGCCGGGCCACCAAGAUCCUGAUCCAUGGUUUCAGGGCCUUGGGGACGAAGCCUUCAUGGAUAGAUGAUAUGGUGGAUGCCCUACUCGGUGCAGUAGAUGCCAACGUGGUGGCAGUAGAUUGGGUUUCUGGUUCAACCGCCAAGUACAACCAGGCAGUGGAGAACAUUCCGAGGCUCAGCAAUAAAGUAGCGGAACUCAUAAACCGCCUGCUGGAAUUGGGGGUCACUGAGGAAUCUCUGCAUAUGAUUGGGAUCAGCCUCGGGGCACAUGCGGCUGGACUUGUGGGGCAGAUGUUUGGUGGGCGGAUAGGACAUAUCACAGGAUUGGAUCCUGCAGGCUACAAAUUUAAGAAAGCCGGUCCAGAGGAACGCUUGGACCCCAGGGACGCAAUAUUCGUAGAGGCCAUACACACAGAUACUGACAGCUUUGGUAUCAGCAUCCCCGUGGGACACGUUGACUAUUUCAUCAAUGGAGGCCGAGACCAGCCUGGAUGUCCGUCUGUCCGUCACUUGUAUGGAUUUGUUAUCUGCGACCACAUGCGCUCAGUCACAAUAUAUAUCACCGCCCUGCGGGGAAUCUGCUCCUUCACUGGAUUUCCAUGUCCCAACUACAAGGAGUUCCUCAGUGGCCAAUGUGUGAACUGCAGCGUCUCCUCCCCGCUGGCCUGCCCCCGCAUAGCCCGAGAGGAAAUCUUGGCCAAUCCCAGGACACAGAUCAUCUCACAGGAGGCCCAAGUGUUUCUGAUGACCACUUCCAAAGACCCAUUUUGUGCCCACCACAUGCUACUGGUCUUCUCCCUGACAGAGCCAAGAGACUCCACCAUCACCAUUGAGAUUGAACUGAAGAGCGAGACUUCCAGCAGCAAAGCCAAGGUCUCCAUCCCUAAUGGUCACGUUGAGGGUCGGACAGUCCUUGCUCAUGAUGUUCCUCUGUGUGAGCUACAGACAGCAGUUCUGAGAUAUCCUGGAUCAAUAAUCAGAUUUUGGAAGGGUAAAACGGAAAUCAGUGGCACAUUUUGUGUCUCAGAGAUGCCCCUGAAGGACAGGAAUGAACUGUUUUGCCUGCCUAAUACCAUAACCCUGACUGGGAACAGCCGACAUUCAUUUAACCUGGAGGCUGAUGGGAGACUUGGAUGUCACAAUCCAACCCUUGCAAAGAAAAGCAACACACAGACCAAUAGCCCACCCACUGGACCGACCAAUGAGAUUUUGACCACCACUCAAGUCUCUAAUCCCCCAAUCUGAACUCUGAGGGGACAGUUCUACAGAAUGACUUGGUCACAGACAUAGAGACACCAUGUAACCCAGCUCUUUGUUCCCUCUCCAAUUUACUCACAGAUCCCCAUCAUCAUCAUCAUCACUGUAUCCACAGCCCCCGAACCCUCAGACCCAUUACAGCUAAAUCUGCUCUAUCCAAACCUCCUCCACAUGAAGUGUGAUCCCCCCCAAUUUUGAACUUAAGAAAUGGGCAGUUCCAUUGAACACUAAUGAGGAGAAUAUAUGUAUUAUAUGAA